CUAUCAAUCUCGCUUAAUCCGGGAGAGAAUCUGCCGGCAAUAGUUCACGCAUUCUCGUUCCUCUUCCCUUAAGGGGAAGAGGGGCGAAAUUCAGUCUGUUUCACACUAGGUGACUCACACAUUUUUAGGGCUAGUCCCCAUAUAAUAUCUAAGCAAAAAUAAAAAAAUCUUUUUGUUGAAAUGCGUAAAUAAUAAGUUUACAUCAUUUGUCAAAAUGAAAAAAAUUACACAAGACAAUGGAAAAUCGGUACCAGGGAUUGUGGGAUGAAGCGUUGAUGGCUCAAAAUAUUACCCGUAUUGUUGGUGGAAUGGAAGCAGAGGAAGGUCAGUUUCCAUAUCAAGUUUCACUGCAGCGAAAUGGACGUCAUUUCUGUGGAGGCUCUAUUUUGAAUGAACGUUGGAUUUUAACAGCGGCACAUUGCCUUAGAGGAAGGUACUCCAGUAGUAUAACUGUAAUGACUGGAAUCACAGAUCUGGAUAGUUUUGGUGAUGCAUAUGAGGGAGAAUUAAAAAUUAUACACGAGGAUUAUGAGAGUCAUGAACAUGAAAACGAUAUUGGUUUAUUAAAAGUAAUGUCAGAUAUAAUUUUUAAUGAAGAAGUUCAUCCCAUCAAAUUACUGUCUAAAGAAUUACAAGGAGAAGGAUACAUUGCAACUUUAACUGGGUGGGGUAGAACUUACGUUACAAGUAUUACGCCUACACGUUUACAAGUAAUAAAAUUAAAAAUUAUAUCAACUGAAGAGUGCAAAUUACAAAUAAAUAAUGUGAAAAAUUCUCACAUAUGCACUUUAAAUAAAGAAGGACAAGGUGCUUGUUUUGGCGAUUCUGGUGGGCCGCUUGUCAUAGACAACGUUCAAGUGGGUGUCGUAUCUUUUGGAAAACCAUGUGCUCGAGGAGUUCCAGACGUAUAUACUAAUGUUUAUAAUUACAUUGAUUGGAUAAAGGAUUCUUUACUCCGAUAUGUAGACUAGUGGGGUGUGCUGGCGAGUAUGACAUUCAGAAGUCUGUAGCGAUCGCAAAAUCAAUCAAUUUUAAUAAGCUACUUCUCAUUUCAAAUUUUGAUACUAUAACUUCACUUUUCUGUGCAUUAUUUUUGCGCAUCUCGUAUGUGGAUUAACUUAUAGCCGCCGAAACAAAAGUGUCAAAAUUGUGAUUUUCAAAAAAGGUGCUGCGAGGUGGCAAGUUUCUUUUUCAGUAAUAAAAUGAUAAAUAUGCAUAAAAUAUUUAAUUUGUUUAUUAAAAAAGCUUAAAUUAGUAAUAAGUAAAUUAUAUGAAUAGUUAUAAUUAAAAUGAAAUGAAAAUAAAACCUAUUUUACUUUUCUUGCGUAAACAGCUGCAACUGCUUCUUGAGUCGCUGGUUCGGCUUUACUCUUUUUCAUAUAUUUUGGCAGCAUGAAAUCAAAAUUCUUACCGCUAAAAUACGCAAAUACGCUUUGCAUGACAAAGAGAAAACUGAAAAAAAUUUGUUUUGAAAAUUUGGGACCAUUUUGAAAAAAAUCACUUUUUUAAAUAAACAAUAAUGUUCAAAAACAA